UUAUUUGUAGGAUUUGCAGCCAAUGUGUUAUCGCUGUUCAACCACAAACCCAAUAUUAAACCCGAAAGGAAACCAGUGUGUAAAUUGCCAACAACCCUUUGUUCAUUCAUUUAUCAACUUUGAAGUUUUGCCUUUGGUCGAAUUCAUGAUUGAAGAGGAUAUUUCUGAUGAAGAGGCUGUACAGAUUUUGAAUCAUGCAAUCCCCUUAAAGAAGUCUGAACCUGUAGAUAAAUGGAAAGCUUCUCUUGAAGGCAAUUCAGAAAGAUUAGUUUUCAAUGACACGGAUGAAGAAGGCCAAGAUCCAUUUAUUGGAAGAUUACUAAGCAUUGAGCAAGAUGGAAACGAUUUCAAGCCUAUUGUUGUUAGUCGUUCGAUUCUGAAGAAUAUGACAAGAAGUGAAGUGUAUGUCUUAGAGUGGCCCAAACCACUCCGUUUCCAAUUCUUUAAGACAUUGCUUCCAGAUGAUGUUUCUAUAAUAAAAUGUCUUUUUUGCCAAAAGCUGUUCCACACUGAUGAUUUUGAGCUGAAAUAUCUUCAAUUCGGCUACUGUCCUUUUUGCCGAGAAAAGCACCGAGAAGGAUGAAACAAAUGAAGUCUGCAGACUUUAACAGAACACUUGUAUUUAGUAAAUGAUAUUUAUUCAAUAUAUUCAAAAUAAAAAAGAAACAAAUUAUUA